AUGAUUGUAGUUGAUACCAAUCUGGUAUCAGAGCUCUUGCGGGGGUCUCCCCAACCCGAAGUGCUCAGCUGGUGGAAUUCUCAAAUACCAGGUGACCUUUUCAUCACAGUGAUAACUGAAGCAGAAAUGCGCUAUGGCGCCGCCAUAAUGUCACCCGGCCGCCGACUCCAGGAACUCCUGAUUAAGAUUGAAUAUAUGCUGUCUGACUAUUUUGAUGGAAGGGUCCUCAGUUUUGAUGUUUUGGCGGCAAGGGAGUACGCCAGGAUGCUGGCAGAUAGAAGGGAAUUAGGUCGUUCGCUUCCAAUCCACGACGGCAUGAUCGCCGCAAUCGCCUAUUCCAAUGGAGCUGCAGUUGCUUCCCGUAACGUACCCGACUUCACGGACUGCGGCGUUCAAUUAAUCAACCCCUGGCAAAUCUGA